UUCCGUAGAGGGAGCUCUCUUGCCGCAGGAGAGACACGCGUUGUUUACAGUAAUGUACACAUUCAAUAACCGUCUUUCUCGUGUCUUUCGGUGACAGACAGUUACUUCUUCACCAUCUUCAUCAACUGACGCCUCGUCAAGAGCGGAAAACAUGGCAGGCGAAGUUCCUUCUGUUGCCGCACAGGCCGUCCUGAUGCCCAGUUGCGAGAUCCCAGAGGACAUGAUCAAGAUCAGAGGCUAUGACUUCAACGAGGGGGUCGACCUCCAGGCGGUGCUGAAGACCUACAUUACUACUGGUUUCCAGGCCAGCAGCAUGGGCUUGGCCAUCCAGGAGAUCAACAAGAUGAUAGAGAAGCGUCUUGAGCCAGUGGAGGAGGAUGAAGGAAAACUGAAGCAAGUGCCUGACGAACACCGCAGCAGAUCAGGCUGCACCAUCUUCCUGGGUUACACCUCCAACCUCAUCAGCUCUGGAGUCAGAGAGACCAUCCGCUACCUGGCACAGCACAAAAUGGUGGAUGUGAUUGUUACCACAGCUGGAGGCAUAGAGGAGGAUUUCAUAAAGUGUCUGGCUCACACAUACUUGGGAGAGUUCAGCCUGCCUGGCAAGGAUCUCCGCCUGAAGGGCAUCAACAGGAUUGGGAAUCUGUUGGUGCCCAAUGACAACUACUGUAAGUUUGAAGACUGGCUGAUGCCUAUUCUGGACCAGAUGCUGUUGGAGCAGAAGACAGAAGGCACCAAGUGGACUCCCUCCAAGAUGAUCCAUCGGCUCGGCAAGGAGAUCAAUAACACUGACUCUGUGUACUACUGGGCGUACAAGAAUAACAUUCCAGUGUUCAGUCCUGCCCUGACAGACGGCUCUCUGGGCGACAUGCUCUACUUCCACUCUUUCAAGAACCCCGGCCUGGUUUUGGACAUAGUGGAAGAUAUUCGCAGGUUGAACAGCCAGGCGGUGUUUGCCAAGAGGACAGGAAUGAUCAUCCUGGGAGGAGGGCUGGUCAAACAUCACAUAUCCAAUGCUAAUCUCAUGAGGAACGGAGCUGACCACGCUGUGUUUGUGAACACGGGUCAGGAGUUCGAUGGCUCUGACUCCGGGGCCAGACCCGAUGAGGCCGUAUCCUGGGGCAAGAUCAGAACUGAUGCCACACCUGUGAAGGUGUAUGCAGAUGCAUCUUUAGUCUUCCCUCUGAUUGUGGCCGAGACCUUCGCUCUCCACGCCGACAAGCUGACUGCCGACAAGAAAGCAGAUUAAACGGUUGCUCCCUCACAUGUUCUGUUAGAAACAACCAACUUUAUUCCCUUUAGUUCCUCUUUCCUUUGUUGGACUUACUGCAGAUAUACCCUUGAUCUUAAAAACAUUUCUGUUGGAUGUACAUGGUUAAGGUUUGGCAACUUUAAGAAGAUUACAAACAACGCUGCAAUUUAAAACUCUUUUAAUGGGAUUCAGUGGUGAGGGCUUGAGGUCGUCUUGAAGCUUUCCAUAACAAUAUUUACAUGUUAAAACAGGUACAGUUUUUUUCUCUCCAUUCAGAUAGCUGGAAUAGUAUGGGCAGCAUGCUAUUGCAUGUACCAAAGAGACUGCCUAGAAUGCAUCAGGGUUUAGCUGCGUGUGUGUGUGUGUGUGUGUGUGAGAGAGAGAGAGAAUAGCUACACACUUGUGAGGCAUUGUUUUUUAGGGGUUUUGAUUUAUUUCAGUCGAGCUGUGGGUGGCGUGACACACUAUCACAUCACUUGAAUAUUACCGUGUUGCUUCUCAGUUUUUAUAUUAUCCAAACCUUUCACUGUUUCAGGAUGAAAGAUGUGCCUGUGUAACUUAAUAAAUCAUAAAUGGAUAA